AUGCCCCCUCCGCAAACCCGGGCACGGCAUAUCGCGGCGCAGCAAGCUCGCAGUCGCUUUCAAGAGGGUUCCAUGAACGACCGCACCUCGGCCGCUCCACCAGUUGCCUUUCUCGAUCCUACCGAACGUGCGGCGCUUGAGCGGCCCGUGUUUGCCGACGCCCAAGAUGCUGCUCCAGAUGCGUUUGCAUCCGGCCAAAACGGCGUCGCGGAGCGGAGUGAACAGCCAAUGCCGCCGCCGCCGCCCGCGGGUCGACGAAUGGCGCUCCUGGGCCAGAUGUGGGAGGGCGUGCGUGGCCGUUUGAGGCUGAGGAGAGGAGGCCCUGCCGUGAACGCCGCCGACGGUGGGGAGAACGAGACGAAGGAGUUGGGCGGGGAGGUGAAGCCGGCGGCCGACGAGCGCAUGUCGAGGGAGGAGGUCCUGGCAAACUAUCACCAGCUCGUCGCGAGCGGCUUCUUCUCCAGCCAUACGAUAUACUCGACGCGCCACCCCGGCACUCGACCUGGGACAUCUCACACCCCGCAUCGUCCGCAAUCUCCUCACCAUCCUCAUCAUUCUCACUCCCACGACGACAAUCACCACUCCCAGCCGGGGCAACAAACUCUACGCCGCGAACGUCGUCUGGAACCUCCUCAAUGGCCGCUCGCCCCCACACCAUCGACGCCGUCCAUGUCACUUCCGUACCCCGAGCCCAUCUGCUCUCCGGUCAGCGUCGCAUCCUCCCGUGGCACCAAGCGUGCAGCUGAUGACGACGACGACGACUACGACUACCGUGGCUACGAUGACGACGCCUCAAAAAUCCUGCCUGCAAACGAAGACCCUUCCACACUCGCCCACCGCUUCCUCCCCAAGCGCCUCCGCAGGUCCAACAGCCGUGACAUUUCCCUCCCAAGGCUCCGCGCCAUGCCCCCCCCCGGUCGUGCCAUCGCCAGCAUGCGGCGCAGCAUUCCCAUGGCCGCCCCCAUGCUCGCCGACGCCUCGGGCCGGGAGCCUGCCAACGCCACCAAACGCAUACCCGGAGGCUCCUUUCCCAAUGUUGGCUUCCUCACUGCCGCACCCUCGCCGCCCGAAUCUUUCGACGGGCCCUCGCCAAGACUUCCUGCCGCCGCUCCAUCCUUCCUCCUCGCUCAGGGAACGGUUGACGGCCCAUUUGUAGGUUGCCGUUCGCCGCCCCCGCCGCUUCGACGUGGUGCGGCACGCCGCCUUCGAGACCGUCACCAACCCUUGAGCGUCGUUCCCGAUGCCCAGCGUGGCAUCCCCACCGUGCCCUCCAUACCGGUCAAGUUCACUUACGGCCAUGACCGGGAGAACGACGGGCCUUGGAGGGGGCUGCGCCGAUGA